UUGCUCCAUUGACCUUGACUGAGAGUAGCAUAACUCUCUCUCGGUCUCUUCUCAGUCCGCAAAGGGAUACAUUACGAGGAGUUUCCCCAACAGACAUGGAGACAAUCUUCUUCAUAUGCUCUCUCUUUCUCGUUUCGUCCUUCUCCUUGGCUCUCUCACUCUCCAACGCACCUCUUCUUAUUGGAGUUCAUCCACUCGAUGAGAAAUACUUUGCUCGAGAGGUGAUCAUGUGCAAGGACAACUCCAAGUCCUUCCCCAGAGACCGUCUCAAUGAUAAUUUCUGUGAUUGUGCUGAUGGAACCGACGAGCCUGGGACUUCUGCUUGUCCUACAGGCAAAUUUUAUUGUCGGAACAUUGGAACUACACCACAGUUCAUAUUUUCUUCUCGAGUCAAUGAUCGUAUUUGUGAUUGCUGUGAUGGUAGUGAUGAGAAUGAUGGUAGUCUCAAUUGUCCAAAUACAUGCAUCAUGGGCGGGAAUGUUGAGUACAAAACUGACCACCGGUUCUCUAGAGUUCAGGAUCUAGGGUCUGUUGACACAAAGUUAACCAAAAAUGGAGUCACUCUGGAUGACUUCAUCCAGAAGGUUAAAGGUUUUCUGAAGGUGAUAAUAAUCAUACAAUUAGUUAUUGCUAGUGUUUUUGUGGUUUGGCGGAUAUGCCAUUGUCGUGCCAGAACAAAACGAAGACGUCAUCGUUAGAAGUUGUAUACUGAAGUUCCGGCCAAAUCCUCGUGAAUUCCUCAAGAUAUGUUUAUGAAUUUCAAGAAAACAAAGUAAUGGAGGCUUUGUUGCUCCUUACAAGACUUAGAAGAGUAUUGAUCCACAAAUUUUGUUGAUGAGUUUUACCUUAUAGCAGCAUGUAUCUACAGACAUGGAUGUAUGUACAUGCAAUCACUAUCAGGAAAGUGAUGUAAUGAUCUGUAGAUUAGUACAGAAUUUGCCACGGGUGUUUGGUGGGGGGUGUUAAGUUGAAAUGCACUGAAACUGCUGUUUUAGUUUAGUUGCAACAUAGUAGUAGUAGAUUGUUAGUUACAACAUGUCAAAAAGAAAACAGCCAACUAUUUUCGACAUUCAAAAACUCCUUGUUGUCUUUCAACUCAUCAGAUUUCUCUUUCAUAUUUUCUUCAGGCUACCCCAUUACCAUAAGCAUGCAUCCUAUGAAAAUAAAUCCUAUCACCAGCAGUGGCGAGCGGCCACUGUCAACCGUUGUAGUUUCACCGGGCACUUCCCAGGGGGAUGUAUGCCUCCCGGGUUCAAUUAUAUCACAGAUUAUGUUUUUUUUUUCUUGAUUUUGUGUGAUAGAAAUGACAUUCUCAUUCAUAGACAUUAGACAAGAUGUAAAACUUUGAGGGUGAAUGAUAUCAGAAUAUGAUAUGGUGAAGUUAUGAGGUGAAGUUCUUAUGUUGUCCUGUUAGAGUAUAUGCAUGUGCCAUAUGCUCCACCUCACCUGCAAUUGCAAUGUGCAAAGAUCACAAUUGAAGCUUUUGGCAAAGUCAUUGUCGACCAUGAAAGCUAGUCGGGGAGGCAGAGGGAUAUAACUACAUGGGAAUAAACGCAUUG